UGGAGUUGCGCAUAUCAAUUGAGAGACACCGACACCGAGACUGAGCCUACCUGCUUUCCGUUCCUGUGCCGCUGCUGCUGCCGCGGCUGCUGCUGCUAUUCCAUUCUGUUCGGUUAUAAGGCCGUGGCUCAGCGGCAUGGCGAAUCAGUCAGACCGAGCCUGGCCCUUUGUCGGACGUGUGUGUUACGUGUUGCAGUGAGCCCUGUUGCUCUUCCCUCGCCCGCCCCCUGCUGAGAGUGAGAGAUAGAAAGCGAUGAACAGAAAGCGGACGAGCCUACUGCGCUGGCUGCAGCACCUGCUGAGGACGCUUCUGGUGCGCCUUCUGUGGCAGUUCUGUGGAAAAGCGGAAGCCGGUCUCACGGAGGCGACAAUAGGCAGCAACAGGUGCAACCCAAAAGUGGGCGUCGUGCCCAUACCCCGCGUAAAGGGCCUGCCUGUGGUGGGGACACUGCUGGAUCUGAUAGCCGCUGGCGGAGCUACACAACUACACAAGUACAUCGACGCGCGCCAUCGGCAGUACGGUCCCAUCUUCAGGGAACGCUUGGGCGGCUCUCAGGAUGCGGUGUUCGUGUCGUCGGCCAAUCUAAUGCGUGGAGUCUUCGUGCAUGAGGGUCAAUAUCCGCAGCAUCCGCUACCAGAUGCCUGGACGCUCUACAACCAGCGGCAUGCCUGCCAACGUGGACUGUUCUUUAUGGAGGGGACGGAGUGGCUGCACAAUCGGCGUAUACUUAAUCGCCUGCUCCUCAACGGAAAUUUGAAUUGGAUGGACGUGCAUAUUGAGAACUGCACGCGGCAGCUGGUCGACCAGUGGCGCACCAGCACCGAGCAGGCAACUGCAGAGAGCAGCCACUACGAGUUGCCGGAGCUGGAGCAGCAGCUCUAUCGUUGGUCCAUAGAAGUGCUCUGUUGCAUCAUGUUUGGGAGCAAUGUCCUGACCUGCCCCAAAAUCCAGCCGGCUCUGGACCACUUCACCCAGAUUGUGCACAAGGUCUUCGAGCAUAGCUCGCGCCUGAUGACCUUUCCACCCAGAUUGGCCCAGCUGCUACGCCUCCGCAUUUGGCGCGACUUUGAGAGCAACGUGGACGAGGUGCUGCGCGAGGGAGCCGCCAUCAUAGACCACUGCAUUGGAGGAGAGUUCAACGGCGACAACGCACAGCCGGAGCUGCGAGAGGAGACUCUCUUCCAUCGACUGCAGACGGCCGAGGUGCCUGGGGAGAUGAUCAAGAGGAUAUUUGUGGAUCUGGUCAUAGCAGCAGGUGACACGACCGCAUUCAGCAGCCAGUGGGCGUUGUUCGUGCUGUCGCGGGAGCCACAAUUGCAGCGUCGGCUUGCUAGCGAGCGAAUGGCGUCCGAGUCGCAGCUGAUGCAUGGCCUAAUCAAGGAGUCCUUGCGUCUGUACCCCGUGGCGCCGUUCAUCGGACGCUACCUGCCGCAGGAUGCGCAUCUUGGAGGCCACUUCGUUGAGAAAGAUACCAUGGUACUUCUCUCCCUGUACACCGCCGGUCGCGAUGCAUCACACUUUGAGCAGCCGGAGCGGGUUCUGCCAGAGCGCUGGUGUGUGGGCCGGUCGGAGCAAGUGCACCAGUCGCACGGCAGCCUGCCCUUUGCCAUUGGGCAGCGGUCGUGCAUUGGUCGGCGUGUGGCCCUCAAGCAGCUGCACUCGCUGCUGGGCAAGUGCGCCUCCCAGUUCGAGAUGCAGUGCCUCAACGAGCCGCCCGUCGAAUGCAUGCUGCGAAUGGUCACAGUGCCCGACCAGACGCUGCGCCUGGCCCUACGGCCGCGUUGCUCUGAGUGAUGCUGCACACAGAUAUACCCAUACACACACACAGACACAGUUCAUCUAAUCGUAAUCCUAAACGUAGACGUAGACGUAGUCGUAAUCGUAGUUUCUCUUUAGUUUUAUACAAAUAUAUAAAUCUCAGACGAC